UCUCGGUAAAAUUCCUCUUUCUAUUAGCUUAUAUUUUACAUCAGAUUUAAUAUUUUUAAGCUACAACCAGAAAAACAAUGUCUGCUUGGGAAGAUCUGGAGCUGCUUUUAGACUCUCCCUCCUCAUUGACUGUAACUUCUAAUGCCAGAGGAACUGUGAAGGAUAAGGCUAAUUUUAAGCCGGAAGAUGACGUCGCUGCCCUGAGAAAAGCAAUAGAAGGUCUUGGUACAACAGAAAAGACCUUGAUUGAUGUUCUGACCCAAAGAAGCAAUGCCCAGCGUCAGCUUAUCGGCACGGCUUAUCAGAAAGCCACUGGAAGGACAUUAGUGGCUGACCUAGAGGGCGACACUCACGGAGACUUCGAGGACUUGUUGGUUGCUUUGGUAACGCCUCCUGCUGCCUAUGACUGUCAUGAAGUCAUGAAAGCUAUAAAGGGUUCAGGGACCACUGAGAGCACUCUGACAGAAAUCUUUGCUUCCAGAUCCAACAGGCAAAUUAAAGCCAUGACUGAUGUGUACCUCAAAGAAACUGGAAGAUUGAUGAGUCAUGACCUAAAGUCGGAGGUAUCUGGGGAUUACUGCAAAGCGCUGCUCAUCUUGGCUGAGGGAAAGAGAGACGAGAGCACCAAUGUGGACACAGCUAAAGCUAAAGCAGAGGCUAAGGCUCUGUAUGAGGCGGGAGAAAAGAAGUGGGGAACUGAUGAGGACAAGUUUAUCGACAUCUUAUGCCACAGGAGUGUUCCUCAGCUUCGACAAACUCUGAUUGAGUACAAGAAUAUUAGCAAGAAGACUCUGCAGGAAAGCAUCGAGAGCGAAAUGUCUGGAGAUCUGGAGGAACUCCUGGUUGCUGUUGUGAAGUGUGUCAAGAAUGCCCCUGCAUACUUCGCCGAGAGGCUUUUCAAGGCCAUGAAGGGAGCAGGAACCACAGAGUCCACACUGACGAGGAUCCUGGUCAGUCGCUCUGAGAUCGAUUUAAUGGACAUUAAAGAAGAAUACAAGAAGCUGUUUGGAUAUACCCUCAACUGCCGGUUAGAGUCUGAAGUGUCCGGUAGUUAUGGAGAAACUCUCAAGAAGCUGUGUGGCCAAGAUGGCUGACUUCUCUCAUGUCCUCAAAUACAACAUGGAGGAGCAGGGAUGAUCAAUAACCACCUGAAGACCUAAUAACUGAUCAGUUUGACUGAUCGUAACCCAAA